AUGAAAGAAUGUGAUGAAAUUUUAGAGUUGGAAGAAAUUCAAAAUAAGAUAUUAAAUAAUAAUAAUAAUAAUAAUAAUAAUAAUAAUAACAAUAAUAAAAAAUACGAUUAUGAAUUUCUAAUAAAUAUAUUUUUAAUAUUUUUUCAUUUACUUUUGUACAUAAAUAUUAUUGGCAUUUAUUACACAUAUAACAAUGAAACUUUUAAAACUUGCUUUAACACCUCAGUAUCCCAUAUUAUACAAAAUAGUUAUUUCAAUAUAAAGGAAAUCGAAACAAUUGACAAGAAUUUAGAAACAAUAAAAAAUAUAUGCAAUUAUAAAAAAAUUAAUUAUUUGAAAAAUGUAGACGAGAAUUUAAAAUUUUCCCUAAAUCUGUACAACAACCAUUCUAACACAUAUAUAGAUUAUAUUAUUUCAUUUAACAGAGUAUUUAAAUCUGAAAUAUUUAAAGAAGAAAGAUAUCUAGCCAUUUCUCAUAAAUAUGUAUGGACAGAAUGGAUUCUAUAUAUAUUAUUUAAUGCGGUUACAAUUUUUCGAAUAUAUAGGAUAUGGGAUAUAAAAAAGCUAGACAUUUAUAAAACGAAAAAAAAUUUGAAAAAUGUAGCUUAUAUAGUAAUAGUUGUUAUAUUUAAUUUGAAUAUCCUUUAUGAGCAAAUAAUAGGCUCAAUAUAUUGUGAAUCGAUACAGACAAAAAUAUUUGAAGGAGUGAUAUAUAUAUACAACAUUUUUAUAAUUUUAAAUAUAUUUAAUGAAAUUUCAAAAAUACAUAAAACAUUUAAUAUACCAAUAGAAAUUAUACAAAACAGUAUAAAACAUAAUCUCUCGAUUUUGAUAUUUCUUCUUGGCUUUUUCACUUUAAAAAUUUUUAAUUAUUUUUCAAGUACUAAUAAAAUAUGCAAUGGAGAAUCCAGCAGUGACUUCAGCUUAAUAGAUGAUUUAUCUGGGGUUGAACAAUUGGAAAGAGAAUAUAUUUAUAAUUUUUUUUUUACAAUUAUUUAUCAAUAUUUUAUAAUUCCUAUGAUAAUAAUAUUAUCAACAACGACAACAUUUUUACUUAUUCAUAAAAAUAAACAUGAUUUCAAAGAACAACCUAUAAAUAUUCCAUUUUUAAAGACCCUCAAAAAAUAUAUUUUUUUAUUUUCUGAAAAAAUAAAAAUAGUACCAUAUGAGAUAAAUCCCAAUUUUAAUAAUAUUGAAAAUGUGAAAAUUGAAAGAGAGAGAGAAAAAAUAAAAUUUUUGAAAAUAGUAAACUUGUCAUUGUUUUUUAUAUUUUUUAUUUUAUUUAUUUUUAAUAUAAUACUUGGGCGAAAUUAUUAUCCCCAUGUUACUGAACAUUUUUCGGGUUUGUUGGGGGAGCCAUUUGGAUCUGAAUCAAAACAAGGAAUAUCAUUCGAUACACUAACUUCUCAAGAGGAAUAUUAUAACUUUUUAAAUUCUGUGAUAUUAAAUAAUAUAAUGAGAAAUAAAAAAUCCAUUGACAACAAAAAAUUAUAUGAACUUGAAUCGAAUAUAACUAAUAGUGAUAUAUUUUUAUAUGAAAAUUAUUUUCCUGUUUUUCCUUACGAUAUUUAUAUUAAAUUUGGAGACACUCAAAAAGACGAUGUAACUCUUGAGAGUUCUUUAUUUUUCUAUAACUCUGGAACCACCAAAGUUGGACUAAACCAGUACAAGCACCUUUUUGAUGAUUCUGAAGAAAACUCCAAUAAUUAUGAGACACAUUCUGUUCUCUAUAAUUUUGAAAACGAUUUAUUAGUCCUUAUAAAGACCUCGCUAAACACACAUUAUAAUGGACAAAGGGAACAAAAAAAAGAAAUAAUUGUGUAUGAAAUACAUAAUGAAAAAACAAGUAUGGAUAUAAUUAAAAUGAUAAGUUUAGGAAGUUUGGUAGUUAUAGUAAUUGCUUAUUUUAUGUUGACAAUAUAUCUGUCAUAUUACUAUAAAAUAAAUAAUAUUUAUAUGAAUUGUUUAUUAUUUUCUUUUUUUCUUAUUUUAUUUUUAUUCUUAUUAUUUAAUAUAAUGUCUUAUAAAUCUAUUAGCCAUUAUAAUAAUUAUAUUGAAAAAAUAAAAAAUAAAAAUAUUUCUACAAUAUAUAGUAUGGAAGAGUUAGCAAAAUUCAGAUCAGCAAUCCAAGACUUAAUAAAUAAAAGUUUUUACACACAUUAUCGAAAUUUAUUUUCAUAUUUUAUUAUUAUUAUAUCUAUAUUAAAAAUCUGUUUUUUCUUUUUUACUUAUUAUUCUUUCUCCUUUUUAAAAUACAAAUAUUAUUUUCUUUUUACAACACUCCCUAUAUUUUCUCUGGUUUUUUUUGCAUCCAUAUUUGGUAGGUUUACAAAAAAAAAAAAAAAAAAAAAAAAAAACAUUUUCGCUAGCUCAUUUUUAUCAUUUACCUUUUUAGGACCCAAUGGAAUUACCUAUAUGUCUAAAAAUUUUUUAGAAUGGAUAAUGAGGUUUUAUCAUAUUAAAAUGAUUUCUAUUUUUUCAGUUUACGAUAUUUUAAAUGAUGGUUUAUUUUAUUUUUUUUCAUUUUAUAUGACUUCGAUCUAUAUAUAUAUGUUUUUAAAAAAAAGUGAAAAUAUUAUAAAAUUAAAAUUUCAAAAAAAAAAUGAGUAUUCAUUACAUGUAGACAAUUUAAUUAUUGAAGACCAUGAUAUGCAAAUAUAUUUCAAAGCAAUAAUAUAUAAAAUAGAUAAAGUAUUUGAAAAAUUACAAAUAAUAAAAGAGGAUAAUUAUAUAUCUCAAACAAUAAAUCAGUAUAUACAAUUUCAUAACUAUGCUUGUCAACAAAAUGAACUUUUAAAAAGACAAAAUUAUAUUCCAUAUCAUGAUCCCUCAAAUAUACAAACAAACAAUAAUGAAAUAGUUGAUAUAAAUAUGGAAGAAAAACAAAUGGCUGAUAAAAAAAUGUCAGGAGAAAAAAUACUCAACAUAUCUGCAACCCCUCAAGAUGGAAUCCAAAAAUAUGAUGUUAAUACAGUUGCUAUUUCUGAGCCAAAUGAAAAAAGAAAAAACACGAAAGAGGAUUUUGAAAAAUAUGAACAAGUAAAAAUAGUUGAACAAAUUGAAAAUAUGAGUUUAUUUUUUACAAAAUUGUUAAGCAAAAAAUAUGAUUUCAAUUUUUUAUCUGGGGAUAUCAAAAAUUGUAAAACUAGGAAUGGACAAGUUAUAGGAAAAAAAGUAAAAAAAAAAUAUAUACUAGAAGAUAUGAUAAUAAAUUUGUUAGACGAUUUAGAAUAUAUUGAAAAUAUUAAAAUUAUGUAUACAUAUAUAGUAUUUUUAAAAAUAAAAAAACAUAUACUAAUUAAUAGUAUAAAAAAUUUUAAUUCUAAUAAAAUAGAGCUUAAGGAACAGUAUGAAAAUAAAUUUAUAUAUCAAAAGCAUUUAGUUAAUCUAAAAAAAAUACUAAACAAUGAAAUACAAAUAUUGAAAGAGAAUAUUUGUAUACAGAGAGACUUGAAGAGAUCCUUAGUUCAAAUCAUAGAAGAUGAAUGUUUCUAUAAAAAGGAUAGUCACGAAGAAAAAUGA